CCUAUUUGAUGGGGAAUUGGGAAAGCAACCUUUUGGGUUCUUAUCGAGUUGUGUUGUAAAUUCACUAAAUUGUAAUGAAGUGAGUUAAGUCCAAAAUGUUCCAAAUUCGCGCGAUAAGUCCCUCCACCUCCGCGCUCGCUACUCUUAUUAGCAGAACACAGUUGCUCAACACUUACCGAAGAAGAAGAACAACAACAACUAUGUCCAAAACACCAACAGCUUCAGACCCCGCCGUUUCGAAGCCGGAGCUUCGUGUUUUUGCCAAGAGAAAGAGACUGAAGACGACGGAGCAACAGCUACACACAGUAGACAAAAUUGAAGUCCUGCCUGACAUUGAAGAAUUUGCCUACAGAAGUGAGAGUUCAUCUACUUAUUCAAUUAACAUAGGUAAGCCACCUGCGCACUGGGAGAUAGUCCUUGAAGGGAUUCGCAAAAUGAGGUCUUCUGAAGAUGCACCUGUUGACAGUAUGGGUUGUGAGAAAGCCGGAAGUGCUCUCCCUCCAAAGGAGAGAAGAUUUGCUGUCUUGGUAUCCUCCCUACUGUCAAGCCAAACGAAGGACCAAGUUACUCAUGGAGCCAUUCAGCGUCUCCUUCAAAAUGGCUUGCUCUCUGCCGAUGCCAUUGACAAAGGUGAUGAAGCAACCAUUAAAAGCUUGAUUUACCCGGUUGGCUUUUAUACGAGAAAGGCUAGUAACUUGAAGAAAAUUGCAAACAUCUGUCUUGUCAAGUACGAUGGAGAUAUACCUAGUUCAUUGGAGGAACUACUCUCACUUCCAGGAAUAGGUCCUAAGAUGGCUCAUUUGGUUAUGAAUGUCGCUUGGGACAAUGUUCAAGGGAUAUGUGUAGAUACCCACGUGCACCGAAUUUGCAACCGCCUUGGCUGGGUGUCAAGAGCAGGUAGAAAACAGAAAACAUCAAACCCUGAGGAAACGAGAGAAGCAUUGCAAUUGUGGCUUCCAAAGGAAGAAUGGGUUCCCAUAAACCCUCUUUUGGUGGGAUUCGGACAGACAGUUUGCACUCCGCUCAGACCUCGCUGUGGAGUCUGCAGUGUAAGUGAAUUCUGCCCAUCUGCAUUCAAAGAGGCCUCAAGUCCAUUGUCCAAGACAAAGAAAUCUGGUUUGAGCAAGAAACUUUGACAAGUUGAUCCUCGGAGUGGGCAGAAGCAGUUUAUGUUUUGCUGCAGCCUGCCUUUUGUGCAUAUCCCGAUAGGAUACUUUUUGUGCAUAUUCCGUAGGAGAAAGGACAUGGACAUUAGGAAAGGGGAUAGACUGAUCUUUUUUGUGAAUAAAUUAAAAUCAACAUUUGUUAUACAUUCAGAAGGCUGAAAUCUAGAUUGCUUCUUUUUUGUGUCGAAUUUGAAGAUCAGAAUUUAUUACUGAUUAUUUCUUGAGCGGAUGCUGAAAUAUUGCAGCAAAAGGUUAA